AAUGGAUUCACAUACUCUACGUUUAUCAUGUCCAUUAAUGCUCAGCAACAACAACUCGAAAACAUUCUCUCUCUUGAACACAACCUGCUCCCAACUUCGUUCUGUCUCGAAUCCUCGCAGGUGGUUCAAGCUGGAAGCCACCAUUGCCCAAAACAAGAACAACAACGAGGCCUUCGACGAGUCGGCUUUCGAGGCGGAGAGGCUCGCCCUCGACGCCGACGCCCGUCAUGCCAUGGCGGCGGAGGAGGCUUCCCUACGAGAUGACCCGAAAGCUUGGAAAUGGGUAAUCCGAAAGAGAAUAUGGGAUACAAUGGAAGCCCACAACUUUGCCCAAAACCCACGACCCGUUCACCACCGGAUUCCCAAUUUCGUUGGUGCUUCUCUUGCUGCUGAAAAGAUGAGGGAGCUAGACGUGUUUCGGGUUGCAGAGUGUGUGAAGGUUAAUCCGGAUUCUCCUCAGAAACAAGUCAGGUUUCUCACUCUCUCAGAUGGAAAGAAGUUGUUAACUCCUCAGCCACGGCUGAGAACAGGUUUUUUCUCUAUACUGGAUUCCAAUAUGUUAACCUUGAGUACCAUCAAGGAAGCCUGCACUUCUGUCGGGGUUGCCAAACAUGGACGGCCAAUUGGGUUAGAUGAAAAGAUAAAGGUAGAUCUUAUUGUUAUUGGAUCUGUUGCUGUUGACCCAAGGACAGGUGCUCGAUUGGGAAAGGGAGAGGGAUUUGCAGAACUUGAAUAUGGUAUGCUGCGGUACAUGGGAGCUAUCGAUGAUUCAACACCAGUUGUUACUUCUGUGCAUGACUGCCAAUUGGUGGAUGAUAUUCCAGUUGAAAAGCUGUUAAUCCAUGAUGUACCCGUGGAUAUCAUUUGUACUCCGACGCAGGUCAUUUUCACACACACAUGUAUUCUAAAACCUCAAGGAAUUUAUUGGGACAAGUUGUCUCAGAAGCUGGGACAAAUUCGUAUACUUAGAGAGCUCAAGAAGAGGAUUGAACGAGAGACUGGACAGAAGCUUCCUACUGGUCCAUCAGAGAAAUUACCCCCUACUGCUCAACGUAGUCGAAGGGGUUAAGUAUGUAAAUAUGAAUUUUAAUAUAUAUGUAUAUAUAUUGUAGAAGAUAAAAUUAUCUCCUACACACAUAUAAAUAUGUGAGGCUCAUGUGUGAUCAGGUGAAGAGAACAGAGAGAAAAAGAAAACAUAGAUUUCAUAUACUUUUAUGUGUAUGUAGGAGAUAAAAUUUAUCUCCUACAUG